AUGCUGAACUCUGAAUAUGCCAGUCUUGAGCGGAAUGAAGACGUCGCCGACCAUGCACCGAACCUCAUCUGUCACGUUCACGUCUAUGACAUGGACUCCAGUCUGGAGGACGUUUUCUGUGACAUCGAUUCUCCUCAGCGUCACUUUGAUCUUCGUGAAGUCAGCACAGAAAACACCGCCCAGCGCAGAAAGAUAUUUGAACUCUUGAGUACCGUUUCACUUGACAGAGAGGAAUCGCCUAGCUAUCUUGUUCGGAUCCGCUGUGCCGACGGCCGUACCUCAGAUCGUCUGAUUGGCCAAAGCCAGAUUCGGAUAAUUUUAAGAGACGUCAACGACAAUGGGCCCGUCUUCCAGAGAAGUCAGUACUUUGGGAUUGUGCCUGAAAAUGAAAUGAAUGCCAUUGUUGAUUUUCGCGAUUCCUUCUCGAAAUUUGGCGGCGAUGUUAAAUCGAUUCGACCGGGGGCUCCGCUUCAUAUUCACGCCACGGAUUUAGACGUUGGUCAGAACGCGAUGAUCAUUUACUCGCUUGCGGACGUGUACGAAAAUGGCAGUAAUAAAGAUGCAAGUUCACAGAUAUCCGAGAAGCUUACAAGGGACUUCGAAUUCUUUUACAUAGACAGACUAACUGGUCAACUAAAAACACGUGUCGCUUUGGAUUUUGAAAAAAAGUCUGUUUUCACUUUCCUUGUCAUAGCCGCGGAUCAACCCUUGGAUCCGACGCAAGCCCUCUCAUCUACGGCAAAGGUUACGGUCUAUGUAAGUUUAUGA